UCGACCCGUCAGCCGUAUCCCGCGCUACCUCGCCGCUUUGUGAGAGCUAACGGAACGAUUCGAUUUAUUGUUGUGACUUUUGUGUGAUGGAUCUGUGAACGGACAUGGAGGAGGAGUCGAUGUCUGGACACAGCUGUUCGGAGGACGAUAUCAGUGUGGGUCGGCCGUCGCCGGCGCCGUCGCGCUCGCCGUCACCGCACGAUUACUUCAGACCAUUGAAGCGGCUGAAGAUGGCCUCGGAGCCGGUGGAAGAACGGCGCGGUGAAGGCGUCAAGAGUUUCUCCAUACUGGACAUUCUGUCUCACAGUCCGCGUACACCACCGCGCAUAGUCCGCCCGUGGGACGCGUCAGGGUUCGAAAGACUGCAGAGGCUGCAGCGGUUGGCGGGCGCGGCGCUGCUGGAUGGCGAGCGAUGGCGGCUAGCGGCGCUGGGUCUGCUGAGGCCGCGGGACAUGGCGCCGGCGGAGUGCUGCGAUUCCGCCUCCGAGAGGUCCUCGUCUGCGUCAGACUGCUGUUCGGAGCCGCGGAGGGCGCCGCAGCAGAGCUCCACCGCUCCUCACACGCCCCUGGAUGCUCUCUUCCAUAUGACGAGCAAAACAUUCGAAGCCAACAAUGCUGACAACGGAGAUGGUCAGUCAAAUCACCUCAACCUCUUCAACUCGAGGCCACAGCAAAGAAAAUCCAGAACGGCUUUCACGAACCACCAGAUCUUUGAGCUGGAAAGAUUUCUUUACCAGAAGUACUUGUCGCCGGCGGACAGGGACGAAAUAGCCAGCUCUUUGGGCUUAUCCAAUGCUCAAGUAAUCACAUGGUUCCAAAACAGACGAGCAAAACUAAAGCGAGAUAUGGAGGAGUUGAAGAAAGAUGUGGAGGAAAAGGUCCUAUCGGCUCAUAAGAGCUUCUUAGAAAACGUGACCAGAUUUAGGGUAUUCCUAAAGAAGAAAGCCAUGAGCAUAGGAGCGAGUGAGGAGGCGGCGACGAACCUUGUGGUGAACGCUUCGAAAUGAAACGAGAUGUCGCGUGCGGCCGGCGCGUUCGACCGACGCGCGCUCGAUUAUUGAAUCGUAUCGAUUUGACGGACUGAAAUAUCGAUUGACUCGAAUAAAUGAACUUUUUGUGCAACUUAAAUUUUCUAAUAGUGACUUUAGAUGUUUUCUUCACUAAUAAUAGUAAUUCAAGAAUAAUUACGUAUUAUGUAAAUAAUAAAAACCUAUAGAUCUGACAGCGUAGUUUGUUAAUGUACAAAACUUUUAAUG